GUAAUAAUGUUUUAAUUGGUGCUUUGUUUGUUUCGUCUCAGGAGCCUGGAAACAGUCGACUGCCUCCUCACCUCAUCGCUCUGGACUCAUCUGUGCCGGGCUUUUUCGACGACAUCAGCUACCUGGACCUGUUACCGUCCCGGCCGUGUGACACCGUGUUCAUCUUCUACAUGAAAGCUGGACAGAAGAGCAGCCAAGAGAUCUUGAGGAACGUGGAGUCGUCUGCAAACGUACAGCCUCACUUCCUGGAGCUGCUGCUGUCUCUGGGAUGGGCAGUGGAGGUCGGACAGCAUCCGGGAUGGACAGGAAGUGUGUUCACCAGCUGGACCAUCAACACAUCCAGCGGUGCUGAGACUCCAGAUGAUUCAGUGACUCUGGGAGACACAGGCGGCGGUGUGUUUAACGGAGAGAAGCGGGUGCUCUAUUACGCAGACGCUCUGACAGAAAUCGCCUUUGUGGUGCCGUCCCUCAGCGACUCGUCCGCGGAGUCCUCGGAGCACAGCUUCCCGACCGCAGACUCCGAAUCUCAGAUGGAGAUGUUACCCAGUUCACUGAAGCAGCCCAACCUCACGCUGGAGCUCUUCCCUAAUCACUCCGACAACAUGGGACCCUCACAACGGUCCCCGACAGUGAAAAGCAGGAAGUUGCCGGCUGGAAGGACGAUCCCGCUGUUAGGACCGGACGCUAAAGUCUUGGUUGUGUGGGUUGAGCGAUACGAUGACAUAGAGAACUUUCCCGUGUCGGAGUUCCUGGCGGAGACGAGCACCGGUGUGGAGACGACGGUCAACAGCAGCACGUCCAGGUCCAGCUCCUCAGAGAAGGACGUCCCCAUUAUAUUCAUCCAUCCGCUGAAGACCGGCCUGUUCCGGAUCAAACUACAUGGGGCUCUGGGAAAAUUCAGCAUGGUCAUUCCUCUAGUGGACAACAUGGUGGUCAGCAGGAGAUCACUGGGGUUCCUGGUGCGUCAGACUGUAAUAAACGCGUGUCGGAGGAAGCGUCUCGAGAGCGACUCUUACAGCCCUCCUCACGUGCGGCGGAAACAGAAAAUCGCAGAAAUCGUGAACCGUUACCGUAACAAACAGCUGGAGCCCGAGUUCUACACCUCGCUGUUUCAGGAGGUGGGUGAGACGAGCCUCAACCCGUGAACAAACACAGAGCAGCGCAGAGCAGCGUGGAUCUCAUGAUGUGCCACCUGACCGGAGGAAGACUGGAAUAUCAAUCUCAUAAAAACACUCAUGGUUAUAUUUCACCCCACAAGAAAUAAAUAACAGUUUUUUCCUCCCAGUAAAUUGUCAGUUAACAUAUUUUAUUCAUAAUAAAUAUAUAUUUUUUAAAUUCAAUAAACAAUAAUAAUUUAUAAAGAAUUAUUUUCAUUUCUCAAUUUUAUUUUUUGUUACUGUAAUACCACAAAAAAACUAGUAAAAUUUUAUUUUUAUUUUUUUUCAUAAUGAAUAGGCAGUACAACAUAUCCCACCAUGUUGUAAAAAUAUUUUAAAAUUAAAAAAAGUUAUUUUGCUUUUUUUUUUUUUUUUUUUUUGCUUGUUUUUUUUUUUUAUUCUUUAUUUUCUUAAAAGAAAAUUGCAAUACAUUAAUGAAAAUGUCAAUCAGUCUUAAAAACAAGCUUUAUUUGCAUCAUGUAAAUCUAAUUUCUUAUUUCUUGGAGAGAACUAUGUCUGAUUGGCUGGUUACUGUACGUCACAAUGAAUGAUAUUUGACUUUAUUUGUGUUUAUUAUUUGAAGGAAGGUAUCACAUGAAGCCAUUUCCUGUAGAAGCACUGCUUCCUCUUCCUCUUCAGGUCAUGCGUAUAUCUCUUCAUCAUGUAGUCAGCUCUGCUUCUUCUUUCUUUCUUUCUUUCUGAGAGUUGUUCCAGUCUCCAGACGAUGCAUUUCAGUCGAAAGACAUUAUAAGGGCUCAUCAUUUACUUCCUUUCUGACUCUUUCACAUUGGAGUGUACAUCAUCAAACCGAGCUGAAUUCACCGUUUUAGCAGCAUGCUCUAGAAAGGAGUAACCCAAUCCUGUAUUUAUUUAUUUCAGUUUUCCAUUACGAAAUGCCUUUUAAAUGCAGACGCCACCCGAACACAUAAUAAUAAUUCUGGAAGAGAUUUGCACAUCACGUCCCUUUUCUGUGGUCUGUUAACGCUGCGUUUCUUUUGUAAGAACAAACUGUAAAGGCCGGUCGCUCGGAGGCGUCUCUUUUUCCGUGUAAAUAUUGACGGCAUGGACUUUGUAUAAAGUUUGACUUUGUAUGUAAAUAUACACGAGUGUGAAGUUCUGCUCACUCAUCUUAUAUUAUUGAUUAGGAGAACACUUGUUUGUAUUUAUGCCAUCAUAUAUGUGUCCAAACCAAACAUUGGAUAUUGAAUGUAACACAUGUAAUGGAAUAAAGAUUUUAAUGAAA